AGGGGGAGGGGCUGGAGUCUGAGUGGUCCAGAUGGGGGGUGGAGGCCAGGUCACCUGUGUCUCAGGUGUCUGAUGCUGAGAGGAGGAGAGAUCAGUUGGCCCACCUAGGACUCAGGUAAACACACCCCUGACUACUCCUGAUGGGAACUGAAACCCUGUCUGCCACCCACACCGAUACCCAGGGUCUGGGGAGGAAGGCUGCUGGGCAGAAAUGAACCCUUACUGCCUGCGAAAGUCACAGUGCCUGUUCCCCAUUGGCACCUUCUGAGAUCAAACAGACCUGGCUGACACUGAGGCGCCCUCCUGGGACCAGGCAUUUGGCCUCCCCUGACCCCAUGGAAUCCAAUCCCAGCUGCUCCAGUUCUUCCUGUGUGGCCUGGUGAAACAACAGCUGGAUUCAUGUAACAGCUGCUAGGGAGGUGGUGGUGUUGGAGCGCUCAUUAUGGCCAAUUGCAGCAGUUCGAUCUAAUAAAGACCCGUUGUGGGCCAAGACUGACCUACGCUGAAGAUGAAGGUUCUGUGGGCUGCGUUAGUGGUCACACUCCUGGCAGGAUGCCAGGCCAAUGUGGAGGAGCAGGUGAAUCUGGUGCAGGAGCCAGAAUGGUGGCAGUCCAGCCAGCCCUGGGAGCAGGCGCUGGGCCGCUUCUGGGAUUACCUGCACUGGAUGCAGACGCAGUCUAACAAGGUGCAGGAGGAGCUGCUCGGCACCCAGGUCACCCAGGAACUGAAGGUGCUGAUAGAGGAGACCAAGAAGGAGCUGAAGGACUACGUGGAUGAGCUGGAGAAGCAGCUGGGCCCCGCCACCCAGGAGACGAGCGCCCGCCUGUCCAAGGAGCUGCAGGCGGCGCAGGCCCGGCUGGAGACGGACAUGGAGGACGUGCGCUCGCGCCUGACGCAGUACCGCAGCGACGUGAAGACCAUGCUGGGCCACAACGCCGAGGAAGCGCGGAGCCGCCUGUCCUCCCAGCUGCGCAAGCUGCGCAAACGGCUGCUCCGAGACGCCGACGACAUGCAGAAGCAGCUGGCCAUGUACCAGGCCCUGGCCCGCGAGGGCACGGAGCGCGGGGUGGGCACCAUCCGCGAGCACUUCCUCCCGCUGGUGCAGCAGGGCCACUUGCGCGCCGCCACCGCCCGCCAGCAGGCGCUGGAGCGGGCCGAAGCCUGGGGCCAGCGCUUCCGAGGAAGGCUGGAGCUGGUGGGCAACCAGGCCCGCGAAAGCCUCGACAACUUACGCGAUCAGAUGGAGGAGCUGCAGUCCAAGGUGGAGGAGCAGGCCAGCCAGAUGCGCCUGCAGGCCGAGGCCUUCCAGAUCCGCUUCAAGAACUGGUUCCAGCCCCUGGUGCAAGACAUGCAGCGCCAGUGGGCCGGGCUGGUGGCGAAGGUGCAGUCCUUGGGCACCAAGCCCACCCUGGAGCCCACCCCGGCGCCCACCGAGAAUCACUGAGCGCUUGCCAUGCCGCCUGGUGGACCCCACUCC